UCAGUGCACAAAACUGGAUUCAUUUACAGCAAAACUCAAGCAAGAAAUAGCUCUUGGAAUGCCUCUAGCUGCAGUUGACCUGUUUAUUGGGUAUUCAACUGGACCAGACCAGGGUCUGGGCUGGAAUAGAAAAAGAGGUUUUUUUAUUUCUAGGCUGAAAUAAAAACUUCAAAGAUGUCAAGGUCUCAGCACCAACCAUAUUGCUCUCCAGCUCUGCCCCUGCUGCAGACAUAGAAUGCAGACAUAACAAAGACAUAGCCUAAAUCUUGACUGGCUGGAGGCCCGAAAAAGUCCACGAACUUAUAGAUGUGGUCACAGCUGCUGAAGCCACCACAGUACUGCUGUGGAAGAGAUUUGUCUCCCAACCCCUGGGAGCCUCUUGUGUGCUGCUCCUCUUCCCACUCGAGCAGUAAAAGUAGCUCCAACCACCAACACAGGAGCCUGCUGUGCCACCCCAAAGGAGAAAACAAGCCAGCCAGUCUCGAAGUCCAAAUAAGCUCAAGUGGCAGAUGGCUACGAACACCCUAUGAACAGCUUGUUGCACCUGCACAGAAGCCUAGAGAGAAACUACAACCCUUACACAAGAGCUCCAAGGCCCAACUCUGGCUUGUGAGGAUGCAGCAGCCAGUGCUGCCUUCAUGGAAUCAUAAAACCAUGGAAUAUCCUGAAUUGGAAGGGACCAAUAUGGAUCACUGAAGUCCAACUCCUCGCCCUGCACAGAACAGCCCAAGAAUCCCAACAUGUGCCUGAGAGCAUUGUCCAAACACUUCUUGAACUCUGUCAGGUUUGACUGCUUCCCUGGGGGGCCUGUUCCAGUGCCCAAUCACCCUCUGUGUAAAGAACCUCUUCCAAAUAUCCAGCAUAACCCUUCCCUGCCUUCAUGCCCUUGCUAUCCCUCGCGCUCAAAAUAAAACAAAAAUAAAAAUAACAGAAGAAAAGGCCUCAGGGCCACGAGUCCCUCCCUGCUCCUCAGGACUGGGGGUUCACACUCACCCUGUCCCCACUUCACUCACGCAGGGGACAGACAUGGACAGACAGACCCUCAGUGCGUGUGAGGCCGUGCCAGCAGCCACACCAGCUCCCAGGGGUGACCAUGGUGUGGGAUCCAUCACGGUCCCUGCCGCCUCUGAGGUCCCACCAAUGGUCACCACCACCCUGUGUGACCCAGCCUCGAAACCCCCCUCUCCCCAUUUCACCCCCCACCCGUGUUUGCCAGCCCCAAAACUGACCCACACCUCAGACCCCAGCGCAAGGUGGGCAAGGCCUGGGGGCUGUGGAGCCGAGAUGGGGGUGCCGGGCCCGGGGAGGCAGCUUUGUGCUGCUGGAGUGUUUGCAGAGCAGCAAAAUCAUCAGAGUCAUCUGCAUCCUGUCGGAUUCCUGCCAGGAGUCCAUUUGUGCUGUGUUACUGCUGGAGACAUUCUGCAUUGCGUAAAUGGUGUGUUCUUGCCGCCUGAGUUUCUGAAACAGAAGAGUGGUUGGAUCAGAACAACUUAAAGAAUAGAAACUAUCUCACUAUGCUGACCCUGGGACUUGGCAAGCUGGGAGCUCCCUGAAGAGUCUUCUGCAUCACUGAGCCCAGCCUUGCCCCUCCAGAAAAUCUCCCAUGAGCAGCAAGCUGAAGGUGAAGUCUCUGUGAGUGUCAGGGGUGGGAAGAUUGUCUCCUACAGCUUCAGCAGCAGUGGGGUGCAAGAGGCAGACAAAGGCAAUACUAUUAUUAAUGCUUUAUUUGGUGCAAACAUUUUAAUCUGCCAGAAAUCGAGCCAGAUUGAGUCAUAACUGUUGUGAGCUUGGAUGCCUGAAUUGUUCCUAAUGUCUGAACAAACCUUUUCUUCCUGUUUAUGCCAAUCUGAUUUGCAAUCCAAAGGAGUUUGUAGCAUUAAUGUAAGUACAUUGAAUAGGUUUUGACUAAUUCAGUCUCAGUGGAAAAUGAGUGUAUGUAAUGGGAUAUCUCUGAGAAGAAGCCUCUUGUAUUGUGCUCUUCUGAGUACAAGGUUUGUUUGAACACUGCCAUAGUCCUUAUUGGACAUCAUAGCCAUGUCUUUGGAACACUGACCUAAUAAAAUCCAGUGCUGGGGGUAGGGAGCCAGUUAAAUGUGAAAUGAUCAUAAACCUCUCUACCCAACACAGUUCCUCCAAACAGGAAUCAGACUUUCAGCUUCAGUUUUCACACAGUGGGAAAGAACCAGCAAUUAAAGCUCCUUAAAUCCUUGUAGUUGUCAAGUACUGAAAUUAUAUGACAGCACUAUAUGUUUUCUACAGUGGAAAUGGGACAGAAACAGGUUAUCACAUUAAUUAUAUUUUUCUUUUGAAAAAAGGACUGACUUUAUUGAGUAUUACAGGCAAGACCACUGCAUUCCUGACUGGCUGUAUGAUCUCAGACAAGUCAUUUAUUUCCUUCUGUUCCUUUUACAUCCUCUUUUUGUUUUUCCUACUUAGACUGAAAGCACUUCAGGACAAAAGCUCUCUCUCCCUCUGCCUUAUGUAAUGCCAGGCCUAACAAAGCUCUGCUUUGCUUUGAGGCUUUAGAGAGUGAUGAAAUAUAAAUACUUUCAAAGACAA